AUGAAGCCAUUCACGAUCAUUCUCACCUCUCAACUUCUUUGGAGCGCGAGUGCUUUUCUUGCUUACAAGGAGUAUGUAGUCGAACGAUGGGUCGAAAGAGGUGGCUCCGAGGCCUGUGCCAAGGUGAUGAUGACAGACAUCGAUUGUGAUGCCAAUCUUGACGGCGCAGGAAGUACUGGCUGGGAAGGCUCGAUUGAGGACGAUGACGAUUUCACCAUCACCGACAGUAUCUGCGCUAAGAAGUGCGGUGACUCCCUCCAAGAAUGGGCCGAUGCCUUUGAGAAAUACUGCCGACCGGAAAAGAUGCAUCCGCCUAAUAUGGUGGAGGGUCGGAGACAAAUUUGCGACAAGGAUGCCAAGACAGGAAAAUACUGCAACGCUAUUAUCGAUUCGUUCCCCGAAUUAAGCGACGACGAAAAACUUCCUGCCAAGUACCUUUGCGAACCUUGUUAUGUCCGACGUCUCUGGGGAUUCGAUAUCAGCACAUAUAGUCCUGCCAACAGUUGGAUCAUAACGCAGCGUGAGCGGAUGGAUGAGCUAUGUCCCAAGUCAGCGCUGGUCGAGAAAAAGGCGUCAACUAUUCUAAAGCACCCAGCUACAACGGCGCAGCCUUGGUUGGAUUCCUCGCAAACUCCGGACAACGUCAAAAGUGAAGCUGAGGCCACUUCGACCCCAGAGAGUAUCGGCACCGCAUCAUCAACAACCACUGCAGUACCUUCUGCCACUGAACAACCAGAGAGUAACGCGGCUGAGGGUCUUGGACAUGUCAAUUGGUCUCUUUUGCUUAUUGUGGGCAUUAAUGUCCUUUAA